CCAGUCAGAUGAUUCUCUGUCUGACCAAACUGUAAUCUAACUUUAUAAUUACUAAAACGUUUGUAAAAUGCUUAAAUGCCCUUUUAAAAGUGUUGAAACUUAAAAGUAAAAACAACAUGAUUCGCAGCCCUCGCCCCAUGCGUCGUUUCUGACACGGCAUCUACUGGGUUCCGCUUUCCGCAUGUGAAAAAAAUAAAACAUAAAGAUCCACUACCGGAUGCGUUUAGUUUUGGUUUUAACUCAACUUGCUGUCAACCCGGAAAGAGGCUGCGCUCGAGGCACAGGGCUCGGCUAUCCGCGCGGAGCUUUCAUCUGUUUUGGCGGAUAAAUGAGCGUUUAUUGUGUUCUGAGAGCGCGCAGAACAGAACACACGCAGCGGAACGCGGAUGAGUCACGAGCCUUUGGGAUUUUGGAAGUGAAAUCUGGGACAUGCCUUACCUGGACAGACAAAAUCGGACCUGUGGAUUCCUGGAUAUUGAGGAAAAUGAGAACAGUGAUAAGUUUUACCGGCGUUAUUUUAUCUUGGAUACACAUGAGAAUUUUCUCCUAUGGUAUAUGGACAAUCCACAGAACUUGCCUCCGGGAACAGUGUCUGUUGGAAGUUUGCGACUCAGUUACAUUUCAAAGGUUAAUGAAGCAUCAGUAAAGCAGAAACCAAAAGCAGAAUUCUGCUUUGUAAUAAAUGCAUUGUCCAGACGGUACUUUCUGCAGGCCAAUGAUGCUAUGGACUUGAAGGAAUGGGUCAUUGCUCUGAAUAAUGCUACCAAAAUUACAGUUCCAAAAGCCUCACCAGUGGCCCAAAGCUCUGAUGCCACAAAUGUUUCAAACCCAAGUCAGUCAACAUCUCGACAGGCGUAUAAAACCGCAAUUGUCGGAGGUGUGGUUGUGCACACGCCAGUCCAGCAGAGCGAAAAUGAGGACGUCUUCACAAGUGAACCAGGAUCACACGUCACUUUAAGGAGAUGCCAGAGUGUGCAUCCAAAUGUCGUGAGGUCUGGCUACUGUGUCAAGCAAGGAAAUGUGAGGAAAAGCUGGAAGAGGAGGUUUUUUACUCUAGAUGAUCAAACUGUGAGCUACUAUAAAUCUGAAAUGGAUAAGGAACCAUUGCGAAGUAUUAGACUGCGGGAUGUGCAGAAAGUUAACGAGUGUCUUGUGAAAUCAGGGGAUCUGCUGUCUCGUGAUAACCUUUUUGAAAUCAUCACCAGUACCAGAACCUUCUACAUCCAGACAGACACCCCAGAAGACAUGAAGGGCUGGAUCAAGGAUAUUGCUUCAAAAAUUCAAGACUUUCGAGGGCCAUCUAAGUGGCGCUGUUCCGGCAAAGUCUUCUCUGGGCAGAGGAAGCCUCAGCUUGUGAAGUCCUGCUCCAUUGCAGAUUCGUGGCAGCCAACCACCCCGCCCAACAAUCAGAAGAAUCAUAGGAAGAAAGACAGACAGAAAGAACGGCAGUACAGCUCUCUUCCCUCACUCUCACACAUGGGCCACGUCCUUCAGUCAACGACUCUACAAAGUCGACAACGGCACCAUUCCCAGCCUCAACCCGCUCCCAGCGACACAGACUUACCUGACAGUCUUGACAAUCUCCGCUCCACUGAUGUUUAGUUGCUUUAAUGGAGACUGCUGGCCAGCAGAUGGAUAGUGUUAUGAUUUUAGCCCUUUGAUUGUUGCUUUUCUUGUUCAGUGGUGUGCACACAAGUGCUUCAGUCAUUGCAAUGCUGCUCACUUACUCUAAAGGAAUAGCUCCAGAAUUAGUUCCCAAAUAGUACCCACAAAAAAAUUAUGUCAUUUUUUACUUACCCAUCAUCUGUCAAACUCCAACAAGCAAUGUAUGGCAAGAAUUAUGUACCAAUUCUUCAAGCAAUCGUACUUUUGUGUUCUACAAUUGGUUUGGAAUAGUAUGUGGAAGAGAAUUAUUAUUUGGGGUGAACUGUUCCUUUAAAAGAAUGUGUCAUUUUAUAUAUGUAGGAAUGUAAAAUGAGGAAGGAUCAUCUGGUGAAAAUAUAUUUUAUGUGUUUUAUUUCUUUAGCGAAUAUCCUAAGACAUACAGUGGGGUCUGAAAGUGUGAGACAACUUGUGAAAUGCUUUUAUUUUGUAUUAUGUAAUAUAUGUGUAUGACGAUAUUUUCAGCACAAAAAUAUGAGUGAAAAGUU